AUGCCUCCAGCGGUAGUCAAGAACUCUGCUUACACUCCUCCCACGAAAGGCAUCCUCUCUUGCCUGCCAUCCUCAUGGGUUCCCUAUGCUGAGCUCAUUCGCCUGGACAAGCCACAUGGCAUAUAUAUGACUAUAUAUCCUUACGCCUUGGGCCUACUUUAUGCCAGCCAACUUACCUCAGAGUCGUUGCCUCCAAACGUGGUCCUGAGUCGAUUUCUCAACUUGGCGAUAUGGACCUUCUUGAUACGAAGCGCCGGCUGUGCUUGGAACGACAACGUUGAUCAAGACUUUGACAGACAAACUGCCCGGUGCCGCGACAGACCGAUUGCACGAGGCGCAAUCUCGACUCUUCAAGGUCAUGUCUUCACCACCGCUCUAUUGGCUCUCGGGUUUUUGUCAAUUCAAAACUUUCCUCUUGAAUCCAAGAUUGAUGGCGCUGCAACUGUCUUAUUGACAUGCAUCUACCCCUUUGGGAAGAGAUUCACGCAUUUCGCUCAGGUUACCUUGGGCCUAACGCUGUCCGUUGCUAUCAUAUUCGGGCCGCAUUCUGUGGGCGCCAACCCCUUGUCACAGGGCAAUUUCUUGCCAACGACCUGCCUUGUGUCGUCCAUCAUUUUGCUCGUCAUCUUCUAUGACGUAGUCUAUGCUCGUCAGGAUACGGUCGAUGAUCUCAAGUCCGGAGUCAAAGGCAUGGCCGUCCUCUUUCGCAACUGGAUCACCACGUUGCUUUUGACCCUCAUCAUAGCCAUCCUAACUCUUCUAUACAUCACUGCACGGUCUCUUGACUUGGGUUGGGUCUUCUUUGGCUUGUCCGUUGCAGGGCCAGCCGUCAGCCUCCUCACAACGAUUGCCCUCAUCGCCAGCAAAUCGAGCAGUUCAAGAUAUGCGGGCAAGUUCUAUGUGCUAGCCAUUGCCAGCCUGCUCAGUGGCUUUACUAUAGAGUAUCUCAGAACGAUUAUGUAG